CAACUCGAUCAAACAUCACCACUCUUCCUUAAUUUCUUUCUCCUUUAUUUUACUGAUCUUACUAGGAAAAGGAAAAAAUACGUUAUUAAUUAAUUAUUAUGUCUUCUUUGGGAGCAGCUUGUGCUGUAGUUUACGUGAAGCAGAAGCGGCAGCAGGAGAAGCUGAAGAAGAUGGCAGAAGAGAGCAGUAACGUCGUCAGUAACCAAACCGUCGUUAGUAUUGGCGGCGAUGCUGGAGUUAAGACGGCGACGACGAAACCGGACGGCGCAGGGAAGGGAAACGGCGGCAACAGGGUUCACCCCGCCGGAGGCGCCACCGGCGAUGUGUAGCGCGGCAUCGAUAUUCGCGUUUUGAUUGCCGUUAAAUAAUGAUGUGUAUUUUUAUGUGGUUAUAAUUAGUUUAUGUAUGCUUUUUAAUUGCUGGUUUAAUUGCUUGAGUCUGUUUAUAUUUUUGUUAAUUUGGUAGGAAACUUUUGCUUCAUAAGGUGUGAUUUUCAUUUACCAAGUUAUAAGUGUGAGUGUGAUUAUUCCCAAAAAUAAAAUAAAAAAAAGAAGGUUAUGAAGGUGUGAUUUUGGGAGUGUAAUAAUAUACAUGAAAAGGAUGAGUAUUUGUUGUGUAUAUGAAGUUUGGAAUCUUGAAAUCUCUUUGAACCUUGAAGUUAAGUUACGUUUCUUAGCAAAAUAGGAUAUUCUUCUAAAACGACAUGUUGUUCUGGGGUGGCAGAAAUUUUUUUUGUUAAGUUAUUUGAUCGACUCGAACUCAAACAUAUCUUCUCACGAAAAGAUCGGAUAAAAAAGUAGCUUUUAUGUUUUUUUUUUAAAUUUAACAAGCAAUGUGAGAAGUUGUAAGUUGUUGAUGAUUUGAAUAUUUCAUCUCAAAAUUAAUCACCUAAUUAAUAAUGUGAUCUUAAUUUUAUGACCUCCUGCUUCAUUAUUCUUAUCGUUUAUAUGUUAUAACAGCGAAAUUUAUCUCUUGGAACCUCAACUGUGGUCUAUGUUCCUAAAUUUUGCACUAACGAAAACUUCACAUUCUAUUAUUUGGUUCCUAAAUGGUAUUAUUAUAUUUGCUCCAAAUUUCAUAUAUAUACCCUUAACUUUUACCAAAUAAAUCAAACAAACCGGUGUAACUGGAGACAGGAUCCAAUGAAAGUUCCCACGGGCUGCAAAGGCCCAAAUCUGUGGCCCAUCCUACAUUAUUUUAUACCUCUGUCAUCACUUCACAGUUCACACUUCACAGAGGUAAAUUCUAUAAAAUCUUUUUCUUUGUAGAUCUUAGAGGGGUUAUAGGUAUAAUAUGCCUCUCUAUUAUGUCAUUUUAUCAAACAUGCCACUCUACUAUUUUUUACAUCAAAUAUGUCCUUGUACUUUAGAAAAAUGAUCAAACAUGCCAUUCUGUUAAUAUUUUCAUCCAAAAACAGUCAAUCAUGGUCGUACCUUGGUUUGGGCGACACAAAUGUCUAAAAUAUUCUUGGUAAUUUCACUUUAAAAUUUUCGGGUUCUUUUGUAGAGCCAAAUACCUCUAAUAAUUUCACUUUAACGAGACCUAGAAAAAAAAAAUCGGGAACAAAACUGACAUUUUCGC